AUGAAAUUAAUAAUUGAUCAUAAAAAUCAUCCAUUAUGGGUUACACCAGAUGGUCACAUUUUUUUUCUUGAAUCAUUUCCAUCAGCUUAUAAACAAGCUCAUGUUUUUAUAAUAACUAUUGCGGAUCCUAUUAGUCAACCAGAAUAUAUACAAGAAUAUAAAUUAUCAGCAUGUUCACUCUAUGCUACUUUAUAUGAAAAAAUUAAUCAUGAUAAUGAAGAUUUAAAAAAAGUCUCAUUUGAAAUUCUUCCAAAUAAAAUUAAACGUUUACGUAAACGAUGUCAACAAUUCGAAUAUCCAUUACUGGAUGAAUAUAAUUUUCAUUGUAAUAGAAUAUUUACAAGUUUGAACAGUGAACUUCGAUCAAGUUUAAGAAAUAUGUUUGCUAAUAGAUAUGCCUGGUCUGGCUUGAUUGUUCUGCCAUGUGGUGUUAAUCAUAUUGCUGAAAUUAAAUGUGACGAAGCAUGGUAUCGAACAACACUAGAAUUUUUAAAAAAAUAUUUUUCAAUUAAAAAUGAUCAAUUUCGACGUUUACUUUUAUUUGUUGAUACAUCAUUUGAUUUAUUUGCUGCUAAUGUAUUAACAUAA